CUUCGCUUUCUCUUUCUUGGAUAACAGCCUUAUCUCCAAAAGGAAACAAGUAUAAAAUUAUGUAGAAAGAGAGCGUGAAAGAAAGGAAAACGGAAGAAAGAGAGACGUCAGUGGAGUUAUCUUCAGCACUGCAAUGGUCACUUUUAUCAGUGGGGAGGAGAGCACACCCGGUUCAUGGAGCUGGUGCUGGGGGCUCGGCUGGGGCUGUUGUCCAUUUCUUGGAAACAAAAUUGCAUCCAAGAACAAGAAAGAAAAGGUUUCGUGUUCAGCUUGGACAUGUGAGCAGCGCACAUCAAUGUGCAAAUAGUGGGUCCCACGAUAAAAUGCAAUAAAAGUCAGCAUGUGCUGCUAGGAAACACUUUAAGAAAGUGAUAGUUGCAGGAAAGCAUGCAGAACUGACACCAGGAGCCCAAGUCCCCAUCGUGUCUCCAUGUGCUGUGACCAUGGUAAUGCCUGGGUAAAACAUCAGCUGAGGGCUGGAGCAUUCACACUGACUUUGUUUUAACUCCAUUAAAAAGAAGAAAAAAAAAGAAAGAUUUAGAGUGUUGCAUACUUGCAACACACAGUGCUAAAGGAGGUGACAGUGUUUGAGCAGGUUGGGUAAGAGCAGUGCUGGAGUGAGGAGCACCUGGACAGGUUCAAUGAAUGCAGUGCUGCUGGGUGAUGCUCAGUACUGGGGAUCAGAGGUGACAACCUGUAGAGAGACUUAAAUAUAGAAACACUUUUUCCCCCGAGAGCAGAGCAUUCUUCUAAAAAUAAAAAAGUGGCUGUGAAAUGCAGAUGUAAGCUCACACAGCACCUUUCCUUCUUCGCUUUGUAUCUGACGCCUCAUUUAAAUUUACAAGAAGCAAGCAAUAGAAAAAAAAUGCAGAGUCUAAGCACAAAAGAUUUGAUGGGUAGUGAGGAGGGGAGGGGGGUCAAGAGAACAGGAAACCCAAAGUUGACGGGAAACCCAAGUGACAUUUGGGUUUAUUGAGUGAGUGACUUAUACCCUUAAUAUCACUCGUCAGGAAGCGGGGAAAGGAAACUGAGAUGCUUUGAGAGUAUAAAUGAGGGGCUCCAUCAAGGUGAAGUCUGCAGAGCUGUGCUUUGCCCUCCAGUGGCAUCCAACCAAAGGCAGCAGCAGAAUAAAGGAUAAAAACCCCAGGAUGCAGACCUGCUGCCAGGCCCUGCUGCUGCUGCUGCUUGCUGCUUGCACCCUGCCUGCCCACUGCUUGGAGCCCACCUGCCUGCACUUCUCCGAGCUGCUGCCCGUCUGGCUGCGGGAGCUGAGGGUGAAGUUUGAGGAAAUUAAGGACUAUUUUCAAUCCAGAGAUGAUGAACUUAGCGUCCAACUGCUCAGCUCUGAACUGCUGGAUGAAUUUAAGGGGAACUUUGGCUGCCAGUCAGUGUCAGAGAUGCUGCACUUCUACAUAGAUGAUGUCCUGCCCCGCGCCAUGAAGACCAGCACCAGCCAUCAGCAGAGCAUGACUGACCUGGGCGACAUGCUGCUGAGCCUGAAGAUGACGAUGAGACGUUGUCACCACUUCUUCACCUGCGAGAAGAGGGGCAAAGCCAUCAAGCAGAUCAAGGAGACGUUCGAGAAGAUGGAUGAGAGCGGGAUCUACAAAGCCAUGGGGGAGUUCGACAUCUUCAUCAACUACAUCGAGGAGUACCUGCUGAUGAGGAGGAGGAAGUGAGCACACACAGCCCAGCCCCGUGGUGUUACGAAGCGCACCGUGCUGUGCUGGGGUUCAGCCCAAGGCUUACAGCCCAGUGGCAGCUUAACGUUCAUUUUUCUAUUUAAAAGUCG